AUGAACCUGUCCGAUUCUGUUUGGCUCGAGGACGAGCCGUGGAACCUCAGCACGCCGGAGGAGGACGAUGACAAACUUUUAUUCGGCAUCGGCACGGACAAUUUCAUCACGCUGCUGGUGUUCGGGCUCAUCUUUACGCUCGGCGUGCUGGGCAACUCCAUGGUGAUCACCGUGCUGGCGCGCAGCAAGCCGGGGAAACCGCGGAGCACCACCAACAUCUUCAUCCUCAACCUGAGCAUCGCGGACCUCUCCUACCUGCUCUUCUGCAUCCCCUUCCAGUCCACCAUCUACAUGAUGCCGACCUGGGUCCUGGGCGCGUUCAUCUGCAAGUUCAUCCACUAUUUCUUCACCGUGUCCAUGCUGGUGAGCAUCUUCACGCUGUCUGCCAUGUCCGUGGACCGGUACGUUGCCAUCGUGCACUCCAGAAAGUCCUCCUCCAUUCGGGUGGCGAGGCACGCGUUGAUCGGGGUGGUGGUGAUUUGGAUACUCUCCCUGGCCAUGGCAGCGCCCGUCAUGUACUACCAGAACAUUUUCCCCAGGGACAAUCACACCUUCUGCUGGGAAGAGUGGCCGGGUCUCAACCAGAGGAAAGUCUACGUGGUGUGCACGUUCGUGAUUGGUUAUGUGUUGCCUCUGCUGCUGAUUUCCUUCUGUUAUGCAAAGGUUUUAAAUCAUUUGCACAAAAAACUAAGGAACAUGUCCAAAAAGUCAGAGGCAUCAAAGAAAAAGACGGCUCAGACAGUGCUGGUGGUGGUGGUGGUGUUCUGCCUCUCUUGGCUCCCUCAUCACGUCGUACACCUCUGGGUGGUGUUUGGGACCUUCCCGCUGAACCAGGCCUCCUUUGUGUUACGUGUGGCCGCCCACUGCCUGGCGUACAGCAACUCAUCUGUCAACCCAGUCAUCUACGCCUUCCUGUCGGAGAACUUCAGGAAGGCUUACAAGCAGGUGUUCAAAUGCCAGAUCGGAACCAGUGACUCCCCGCUCAACGACAUUAAAGAGAUCCGCAGCAAAGCGGAGACGCCGCCCUCGACUAACUGCACCAAUGUUUGA